GGAGGGAUCGCAAAUGGAGGAGGAGUUAAAGUACAACGGUUAAAGGCGCGUCAAACUGUCUGCUAGUGCAUUCCGUGAGGUUGCAACUUUAAGGUGCGUCUAUAUCUCCUUGCGAAGCGUCGUAAUAAACCUGCUGCUACUAUAUCGCAAUGGCUGAUCAACUGACAGAGGAGCAGAUUGCCGAGUUCAAAGAGGCUUUCUCGCUCUUUGACAAGGAUGGCGAUGGCACUAUCACCACCAAAGAGCUGGGCACUGUCAUGCGCUCUCUUGGCCAAAACCCCACAGAGGCUGAGCUGCAGGACAUGAUCAACGAGGUGGAUGCUGAUGGUAAUGGAACGAUAGACUUCCCAGAGUUCCUAACCAUGAUGGCGAGGAAGAUGAAGGACACCGACAGUGAGGAGGAGAUCAGAGAAGCAUUCCGUGUCUUUGACAAGGAUGGGAACGGUUACAUCAGUGCUGCUGAGCUGCGCCACGUGAUGACAAACCUUGGGGAGAAGCUAACUGAUGAAGAGGUUGAUGAGAUGAUUAGAGAAGCAGACAUUGAUGGUGAUGGCCAGGUCAACUAUGAAGAGUUCGUACAAAUGAUGACGGCGAAGUGAAGGCCUUGUACAGAUAUUUCUUAUAUAAAUAACUUGCCUUUUUUUCUUUGUAAUUUAUCUGUAAAAUCUUAAUAGCCCUCCCUGCUGUCCAAAGGAACUGCAUGUAAACUGCAUAGGCUCUGAGUCCCCAUGUCCCUUUCUUUUGCUGUCAUCGUGUUUUGGAGUGACGGCACAGUUGUAAUAAGGAAUGCCCGUCGCAGCCCCAGGGAUUGGCCAGAGCUUAGAACCGUCACGUCUGCUCAGCUCCAGAUGCGUGGUGACGGUGGAGACCUGUCAGCUGGUUGUCACUUGGCAACACUGUUGGAAUGGAAACAGUGUAGAGGAGUCAACACUGCAUGGACUACGGACAAAGUAUAUGAAAUCUCUCAGCAUUGCACUACUGCAAAAAAUGACUGGUGUAUCUUCUAGAUACUCAUACAAACUCUUUUGUAUCUGCUGUUCUAUACCAGAAAACAACUUUUAAUCUUACUAUGCUUUUUAAUGUUUUACUCACUUUUCUUUUAUGGCCUUUGGCCAUGCUUCAACUAAUUCAUUCCAAGUUGUAUAUUUUUGUUUUCCAAUAAAAUUUACAAUUUACCCAGA